GUUGCUAUGGUUACAGAUGUCGCUUUUGCGUGCUGUUGUCAUCGGGGUGUGUUUGGUCAGGUUUGCACGAUAUUUUUUUCAUCUUUUUGUUAUUACCAACGCGAGGAGGGAUUAACACAAAACUUUUAACAAUUCAAAUCACCAGCUGCACCAGUGAGUCAUGCCUCACUUAAAGACACCCAGGAAGCCCCGGCCUCUUUGGAAAGAAUGGGACAGAAAGGCACAGAAAUGUGGCGUGAGACAUACUGUCUAUUCAGUCAAUGGGGAUGAAUACACAGGUGAAUGGCUGGACAACAAGAAGCAUGGAAAGGGUACGCAGGUUUGGAAAAAAACUGGAGCCAUUUAUGAUGGGGACUGGAAAUGUGGAAAUCGAAGUGGUUUUGGGACCUUCAGCUUACCUGACCCUGUAACUGGAGAGUAUGUUAAAGUGUAUUCAGGAGGUUGGAAAGAUGACAUGAAAGAUGGGUUUGGAACUUACUUUUACUCUGAGACGGAGCAUUAUGAAGGAGAGUGGAAGAAAGACAAGAGAAGUGGCUGGGGCAGAAUGUAUUAUGGAGAUGGUGGCAUCGCUGAAGGAGAAUGGCUUAAUGACAAACUUAAUGGCCAGGGAAUGUUUAGACUGGCCAAUGAGAACAGGUAUGAAGGCUCUUGGAAGAAUGGGAUGAAACAUGGCCCUGGCAAGUUUGUCUACCUGGACAAGGGUCAGCUGUAUGAAGCAGUGUGGGUAGAGAACAUUGCAAAGUGUGGGAAAAUGAGCGACUUUGGAAGAGAAGGGGCUCCAGCACCUCCAGUUUAUCCAAUCCCAAAGAUACAUCUGUUAGACCCUGAAGCGGUUUUAAAGGAUGCUCGGUCAACGCUUCCAAUUGAAGAGGACUGAAUCUUUCUUUUCUUUUUUUGUUUUUUUUAACCAACUCAGCAGACCUACCUUCGCUAGAGAAGGCGACUUAAAAAUGCACACCUUCAGCCUGUUCAGAUUGCCUCCUGCUUCCCUUCCAGUAAACAUGGUAACAAAAAGUAGGGUCAUGCAUUACAUAAUGAACUGUUCCUUAUUCUUAACCAUGUUUAACCAGGACUAUUGUGGUAUGAUGUAAAUACAUACUCUGGAAAAUAUUUCUGGUACUUUCUAUGACUGUGCAGCUUUAAUACAUGUUCAACCCUUGCAGUAAUUAGCACAUUUCCCUCCCUCAAGACAAACUUUUUCAAACCUCGUUUUUGUCUGGGAUUUAUACCACAGGGUGUAUGGUUUGUGUUAUAAUCUAUUUGCUCAAUAUUUACAAAAAUGUCUAGAUUAAAUGAGGCUAUUGAACCACAGAACUGAUUAUAAAGGUUAUGGCUAUCCCUCCUAUUUUUCCUUACGUCAUUCUUACAAGGAAUACUACACCUAAACAAAACUAACACAGCAACAAAAAAAAAGGCCUAUUAUAUUAAAUGACAAGCAUGAUAGCAGUGAAAAUGUGACAAAGAUAUGUAUGUACAAUACCAGACCUAAAAGUAUCUUCAAAAUCACGUUUCAGCACAACUGGAUCAGUGUCUUGUAGAGCCGCUAUCUCCCUGUGGCCAGAGAUAUACAGCCCCAGCCAGGAAUGACAGUUAAAAUGGAUGUACUAGAAUAGUGGGGGUUUAUCCACGACAGUAGCAGAAGCUUGAACAAAAACAGGCUUGCAAGACAUACAAAACAGACAUUUAAAUAUCAGCCUUGUUUUGCUGCUUUCCUUUUGGCACGUUAGCAAUAAUUUAAUGAUGCAGUUGCAGUUACAUCACACUCAUACGUUACACUUUUUUUCGGUAAGAAAACAUUUAAGACGACCCAAAAUGUAUUACAAUGGUCAGCAUUCCUGUUUUUUAAGAAAAGUGCGAUUAAAACCUGCACAGCCACCCAGUGCACAUGUUUAAAUGUAUGUCAUGUUUUACACACCAAAUAAACCUCAGCAGUAUGAUAAAUGCUCAACAUAACUUAUUCCGUACUGGAGUGAAAAGCUUUGAAAACAACAUUGUACACAUUCAAACAAUCCGACCGUUAU